AUGUUAUUGAUUGGCAUCAAUUGGCUGGUGGCUGGGGUGGCUUUGGUGACAGAUUUGACGGCCUUGGCAGAUUGGACUUGUCCGACGACGACGAUGUUCAUGGUUACUUUUUCAGCGCCCAUUUUUUGUUUUUUUGUCGGUUUUUCGAGAAGUAAAGAAGUGAAAACUGCAAAAGUUUGGAUUUGCACAAAAAUUGCGUUAUGCCCGAACGAAGCACCUGGCACGUUAUUUUAUGCACAUUGUCAAUUUUCGCUCAAUGUGGAGCGGCGUGGUGGCGUAAUUGUAACAAGUGUCCGUCGUUGGUUGUUCCCUGUUGGCCGAUAG